GUGUCCCCUACACUUUAUAAAUACCGCUUACUUACAACUAGUAACACAUGUGACAAACACAGAAACAGAAGACAUCCGAAGAGGAAAUCUCUGCAUUAAAGGAAUACCAAUAAGUCAGCAUGAAGCUGGGGAGAAUUGCUUUGCUGGGUGUGACCAUCUUACUGGUGACACAGAUUCUCACGGUGGAUGCAAAUAAGCAAAGAGAAGGGAAGAAAGACAGAGAAAAGGCAAAUGGAAACCAGAAACAGAGAGGAGCUAACAAAGAAGAGAGAAAGGAAUCUCCCUCCAGUCCUGCAGAAAAAGGGAAAGGCUCCAAAGGAGGGAAAGGUUCUCUUCAAGGGAAAUUUGUUAGCAAGGAGAAAGCAGACUGUGUGUGGUCCGUGUCUGGUACUGAGACUGUGGCUUUAAAUGUUGACUGCACUAAAGAGGGCACUAAAAUAUCUUGUACCUUUGGUGGAAAUCCCUCAGCGUGCCCAAAGUAUGCCACAAAUGAAAAACCCUACUGGAAACAAAUCACUCGGGCACUAAGAAAGCAGAAGAACAUUUGCCAGGAUCAAAAGGCUGUGUUGAAAUCUAAGGAGUGCAAGAAAGGACCACCAGAGGCCCACUUGAGCUACAUCAUUCCCAGUGUGCCAACAACUGGACCAAGGCAUCAUAACCAUGAAGAACCUAAGCCAACACCCAAGGCCGACACUAACGCAGAAAAUGACUGUGUGGAGGAUGCAGAUGUCCUUGAAAAGCAAAGAAUGGCCAAAGAGUAUUGUGGGGACUCGUGGCAUUCAUGGUGCUCCUUGUUCUUUUCAAUGGUGCAGGGAAAAACCUGCUAAACCUUUUUCUGUAAUUUAAAGCAAUGUUUUAUUCAAAUUUUAAUAAUGCUGUAUGCAGAUGUAUUUAAAAAAUUCAACCCAAUGGCCUGCAAAAGAGUUAUGUUACACAUUUUCAGAAUCCUCUAUCUAAUAUGGAUUUGUUAAAAUACCAGUAAACCGAAAUUACAGACCAGUGUGGUA